AAAAUCUUAAAUGCUGGACUUUUAAUCGAGUGAUUCUGUGGUAUCACUAACUACUUUAACUUCUGAGUACUUGUUCCACCUUCUGAAUUCUGUUGACCCUCUCCAUUUCUCCUCCGGUCCAGCAGAAGUCGCUGUUCGCUCUGCCGCUUCGCCGCCUCUUAGCGAAGUGUCGUCGACGCGGAAAUCGGUGUCUCUGUUUACCUCCCCGCGGCUCUUUGUUCGCUCGCAGCUCAAAGUGCGCAGAAAGCAGGACGAUGUGCGCCGUGCAGCUGCUGCGGGUCUCGGUCCUUGAGCGGAUCAGCGCUGCCGCCGAAGACUUCCUGCUGCAGGUGGAGAAAGGAGAAGAAGCGGCGGAGAUCCCGGUGCUGAGAGCGAUGCUCGCCGAACGGCUAACGGCGGCUGCGGAGGAGAUCGUCGCUCUGUUUGAGGAAACCGUGGCGGAGUACGAAGAGCGAGUGGAGCGGUCCGAGCGGGAGAUCUGCCGCCAGAGGAGGCUGCUCGAUGCCGUGCUGAAGCCCGAAGUGCGGCUGCACAGAGCAGAGGUGCAGCCAGGGAACCUGAACCAGGAGAACCUCCAGGCUCGAGACCCUGUGGACCUGAACCACACUAAACCUGUACUCGUUGACAGUGGUGCUUCCUGCUUGCCUUCACCUCACUCCCACUCCCCCACUGACAACCUGCACAUCUCACCAAGCAGCUCAGUCGUCUGCAGUGAUGGUGAUCCAGACAGCGACUGGGCUGAGCAGAGUCUGACUGUCAGACCUCCAAGUAAAAAGAAAAGAGGUCGUCCGGCGCUUGGUGUCAGACGGAAACGGAAACGGAUGACUCCAGCUCAGAGUUUCAGCUGUUACGUGUGUACACGCUCUCUGCAGGGAAAAGGCUUCUUGCUCAAACACGUCCUGCAGGUCUGCGCCAAAAACCCAGACCAUCGCUGUGGUUUCUGUGCCGAAUGUCUAGGCUCAGCUGAUGACCUGACGGCUCACUUACAAAUGCACCAGGAGAGGAGUAAAACCUGUUCCUUCUGCGGGAAAAUUUUCCAGUCAAUCCUGGCACAUGAGCUCCACGUCCGGCUGCACACUGGAGAGAAGCCAUACAGCUGUGACGUCUGUGGCAAGAAGUUCAGCCAGAAGGGAAACCUAACGUCCCACAUGCAUGUCCACGCCACAGAGAAACCCUUCAAAUGUAAAGAGUGUAGUCGGGCCUUCUGCCACCUGACGUCUUUAGAGCGACAUAUGCAGGAGCACAGUGGCUCUGUGGUUCACACCUGCAGUUUCUGCAGCCAGGAGUUCAAGAAGGGACACAGCUUGCGACGACACAUGGAGACUCAUCAGAAGGACACUACCCACAAGCCGAAGAGAUACCGCAGCUCGGUGGCAUCCUAUAUCUGCAAAGUGUGCGGAGACACAUUUGACAGGAAAUCCUUCCUAGUGAAGCACGUGGAGACUCACCUGCAGGGCCCAGACUGCUGCUGUGGACUCUGUGGACACCAGUGCGAGUCUGCUGCAAUCCUCGCCGAUCACCUGCGCUCCCAUCGUGGGGUAAGCAAUACCUGUGACAUCUGCGGGAAGUGCUUCCCAGCUCAUGCAGCGCUGCUGAUGCACCUGAGGAUCCACACAGGAGAAAAACCAUACACCUGCAAGUUCUGUGGAAAGGCCUUCAACCAGAGUGGCAACCUGAAGACGCACCUGAAGAUCCACACAGGUGAGAGAGCAUUCUCCUGCAGCAUCUGUGGGAAGGGCUUCACCCAGAAACAAACUCUGGACACUCAUGUCCGCUUCCACAACAAGGAGAGACGCUUCUUGUGCCAGGUCUGCGGGAAAGGCUUCAUGCAGGACGUGGACUUGAAGAGACACAUACUGAUCCACACUGGAGAGAAACCAUACAGCUGCAGGGUCUGUGGCAAGAGCUUUCAGGCCAAACGGUCGCUCAACGGACACUUCAAAGUCCACACAGCAGAGGAGGACGAGGCUCAACCGGAGCCGGAUCAGGACUCACAGCAGCGGAGGACGGACAGUUUCUACUCAAGAUUUGCCCAGCUGUAGACGACAGGUCUUCUGGUUCUGCGCGGUCGACACUGUUGACUCAUAGAGUCAGACUCGGAGCAACAAGUUCCAGACUAACUUCUCUGUCAGUAACAAAGUUCUGGUACCAGGUAACGCUGGAUCAAGUGAGACCUCAGGACUGUUGUGCUUUAGAUUGGAGUCUGUCAGGUACUGAGAGGUGGCAGCAAAUCUCUGCUCAGGUGCGACGGGUCCAACACCUGAGCUGGAGCAAUUAGCUGAUGAACCACCGCUGUUGUUUGAGUGAAAAAGUGAAUAUUUAACUGUAUAAUAACUGAAUAUUUUAAAGCUCUGGGCUGUGAUGUCACCACGUGAGUGCCAUAGUUUCCAUCAUUUUUAACCUUUCAUAAUUUAAAUGAUUCACUGAGAAAUGAAUCAGCAGAAGAAUCGAAAAUAAACAGCUGUUGUAGCCAUACCAACACUUACAGUAACACCUUGACUGAUAUUAGACCAUCCAGGGUGAUACCUAGGGUUAUAUUGUACACUGAUCAUGCAUAACAUUAUGACCACCAGCAGGUGAAGUGAAUAACACUGACUAUCUGUUACAGUGGCAC